AUGGCGAGUCCCUUUGCUUCAAUCGCCAACCAGAGGGUCACAUCUCAACGACCGCCGCGACAAACACCGGAACUGGAUUUUGACAGGUGCGCCGCGUUGCACAACACAAUAGCCAUCUAUGGCUGGCUACGCAGUGGCCGCAAGGUCGCCGACAUGGAUCGCAAAACCUGGUGGCAGAAGCGCGGCAACACGACCCUGGAGGUUUUGUUACGGCCGUCCUUGGUCAGAUUCUUAAAGAAGAUCUUUGACUUGCCUGGAGGUGAUGGAAGCCAUNUUUUCUAUUACAUCAGCAGAGUUGCCAAGCCGAGAGAAAUGCUGUAUCUUGGAGAUUUGCUGGAUGAUAGUGAGAAGAAGAUCAAGGGAGAGAAGCAUCGAUUUAUCACUUUGUACAUGACGAACAAGGAGUUGGUCAGUCAACGGAGUGGCAUUGUGGCUAAUCACGCAAUACAGANNUACGAUCAAGAGACUGGCAAGGCAAUCUUCAUGCCUACAUUUUUGCACAUUUUCGACCUGUACGACCAGAAGUUGCCAUGGCAAAGACUAGAAUCAAUUCUCAGCGCUUAUAUCGAUAUGAUUGAAGCAGGAAAGGCUGUAGCCUUACACGAGUCCAUUGGUCGCGAGCCACGUAUAGGACCAGUGCAAGGCCCCGAUGGUCAGACAUCAUGGCAGGAGAUUGCACCCUCAGGACCAAAAGUAGACCCUUAUACUGGAGCUCGGCGGUCACGCUACGACACCCACCCUUGGAGUCUGGUUUCCUACACUCAAGGCGACUUGGCUUCGUGCCUGAAACUCUGGGAGCAGCUCUUCACAGAAGUUGAAAUCAGGAGUGGAUUACGGGAUGAAGAAGAAGACCCAAACACCACACCUUUGUGCAGUCGAUCCGGCCUUUCCGCCGCAGGUGUGCCGAGAGGGUUUGCCUAUGACCUACUAUCCCACGCCCGGCAACCGCGGAUCUGGUACGUAGCACCAGGAAUCCGCCUACCUCAAGCCUCGGAAUUCGUAAACCAGCCCUUCAAACACGUCGCUGCGAAAUACCCAAAGGAAACCGAAGGCAUCAAAAUGCCGUUUUUAUUUUUCCGCGCAGAGGGCACGGUAACCUCGAAACAAGCAAACUUCCGCUGGCCGUUCAGCACAGUGCAGGAAGUACCUUGCGGUCUAUACCUUGACUCAUACCCAAACAAGGAGAACCCUUUUGAGGAUGCAUGUCGCCUUGUGCUCCNNCCCUUCCCAGUAGGAGGAAACAAGAAAGCCAGAACCAGCGAUGGCAGAUUGAUGCAGAAGAGUCAUACAGAGGUUUAUGCUCAUGGUAUCAAUCCCUUUACUUUACGCCAUGGUCCCAAGUUGACGGCCAUUUUGGAGAACUGGUUGAUGAAUGUCAAGAGUGGACACUGGACUGUUGAUGAACAGGGCGUCUCUGGUGGUGUGGAGGCUUGGAAGCAGGCAGAUACGGAAGAGCAUUGGGACAAGUAUGUUUCGGCGCAUUUAGCAUUGUAG